CUAUGACGACUUACUUUGGACGAUCAGACAUAUUCAAAUACAUAUAUAUAUUAUUUUUGCUUCCUCAGCACUCCAAACACAUGGAAAUUGCUUCAAAAAUGCUUAUAAACAUGUUAUACAUGUACUGUAUACACGCACACAGUAUAUCGACACAGUCACAUACAAUAUAAACAUCCAUAUUGUAAAUAUGUAUCUACACAUACAGCACUCACGUAUAGUGUAUACAUAUAUACACAUACAUAAACAUACUGUAGUACUUAUAUACACAUACAUAAAGAUACUCUAGUAGAGACGUAUAUGUUCUACUAAACUAUUUGUAUUUUUAUCAUUUUCUUUGACUCAUAAAUUAAUUGUCAUUUGUUUACGUGUGAACGUUCAAUGGAGGGAUAAUAUUAAUUGCGACGACUAACGAGAAUAACCCGUUCAAAUGAUAUUCAAAUACGAGGACUAGUAUCUGUCGAAAGUCUUGUGCGACUGCGUGUUAGUGCCGUUCCAAACGCGGUUUGUUCUUUUUGAAAUUGUUUGUUUUGCAACAUUGCACACUUUGGGGCGAGUGGUGGCGCACAGCGCAUCUAAUAAUCAUUUUAAAAAAUAAAAACUGCCCCCCCCGCCCCAAAAAAAAAAAAAAUGACUUACGAGGAUUGUAGAAAUAAGAUAAAGACGAGGAAGAGGUUUGUAAAUUUUCACAACAAAUUCCGGUCCUCCGACAUGAGCAAGCGCAAAAUUCCUAUUCACGUACAGUCAAUUUUCAUCAAAUUAUUAUUAUGUUUUUCAAUGAAAUUCAAGUGUUUUUCUUAAAACGUAAUUUUUGUGCAUAACUGUUGCGCGCUUCAUUUUAUGCAUCACUUGGAUGACUGAGAAGCGACAAUAUACAGUAUAACUAUUUUCGUCUGUUUUGAAUUUCAUAAUCACAACAUUGACGGCGUCGCGUUGCGCACGUGCUCGACUUCGUUCCGGGCGGCGUGGGUUCGAUUCCCGCUCGGCGUCGACGUGCGUUCCUGCGACUGACCGGCGACGGGUUAAGGGCGUAAUCAUUCCUUUUGGGGCGGACUCCGGCGCUUCGGGGACCCUUGUGAGGAUAAGCGGCUGGUAAAACGGAUAGACGACAAGGGCGUAACCCUUCCUUUUGGGGCGGACUCCGGCGCUCUGGGGACCCUUGUGAGGAUAAGCGGCUGGUAAAACGGAUAGACAAGUUAAGGGCGUAAUCCUUCCUUUUGGGGCGGACUCCGGCGCUCUGGGGACCCUCGUGAGGAUAAGCGGCUUGUAAAACGGAUAGAUAAUAUUUCAUUUUGCGAAUUAGGAAGGGUUCUGUGAAAUCCGGACGGGGUUCCGCACGUCCCACAACGUUAAGAACCAACUGGGGUGGGUCCGACGAAGCACAUUUAUGAAGGUUUUCUGGUUUUAAGACAGUGGGCAGGGCUCCCUCGAAGGUGGGUGGGGCUUGGGGAGGGGGGGGGGGGGGUCGGGGCUCCGGUCCGGACCGUCGGCUGACGUCAGCGCGCGUCGCAGGAAGAUGGAUCGAACUGCGGCGGGAGGCAACGUCGAGCUGCGCCGCCGUCACCCCAAAAACAAGCAGGCCGCGAGACCGGGACCGGGUGUCGCUUAGCCCAACCGACCACGAGACGCUCGAACGGUCGAAGCUUCGCGGCGGGCAUGUCGCCGCGGGGGGGCUGAGUGAGUAACAUGGACCACCACAGACUGCGAGUCCACACACUCCUGAAAGCAUGGCGCUCAAGAUGUGCGGCUCCCAGUGUUUUCUUUUCCGUGGAAACCGGGUUCAAAUGGCUCUUUCGGUGUCAAAGGUUGCCGACCGCUGGGCUAGACCGUCCCGAGUGCAUAGUAAGACGCAGGAAGAUUAGCGGCAGUCCCUAGCAGCACAUAUGACACCUCAGGCGGGGGCGCAGAUCCGGCGGGCGGCCAUCCUGGCGGCCAUCUUCAUCCUGAUGACGCUGGUCAUCUUGUACAGCUCCAGCGCGAGCGCCGGCGAGACGGCCCACGCGCCCUUCCGGGUGGCCGGGAACCACACGCCCCGGCCCACCGACCUCAAGAAGUGGGCCACCGAAGACGACUACCUGCCCGUCUACGGCCACGAGAGGUUGACCUUGCGGUGCCGCCACUGCGCCCUGGUCAGCAGCUCCAGCCACGUGCUGGGCAGCAAAGCGGGCCAGGAGAUCGACGCCAGCGAGUGCGUGAUCCGCAUGAACGACGCGCCCACGGCGGGCUACGAGGCCGACGUGGGCCGGCGCACCACGCUGCGGGUGGUGGCCCACUCCAGCGUGUACCGGGUGGUGCGGCGGCCCAGCGAGUUCAUGGCGGUCGAAGCCGGCGGCGAACGCACCGUCAUCUUCUGGGGGCCCCCGAACAAGAUGACCAAGGACUCCAAAGCCACCGUGUACAGAUCCAUCCAGAGGAUCGGCGCCACCUACAAGCGGGUGUCGUGUUUUACCGUGGCUCCUGCAAAAAUGUACAGAUUUGACAAUCUGUUCCAGCUGGAGACGGGACGAGACAGACAAAAAUCAAACUCGUGGCUGAGCACGGGCUGGUUCACCAUGGUCAUCGCCAUCGAGGUUUGCGACAACGUCAAAGUUUACGGGAUGGUUCCACCAAGUUACUGCGGGAACAGGCCGGAAUCCGACAAGUUCCCGUAUCACUACUACAAGCCGCGGGGCUUGGACGAGUGCGUGACGUACUUGCAGAACCAGAACAACCAGAAAGGGAGCCACCACCGCUUCAUCACCGAGAAGCAAGUGUUCGGGCGCUGGGCCCACCAGUACAACAUCACCUUCGCGCACCCCGCUUGGUGAGAGCGUUUCCUCGCCGGAGACGGGACGCCGUCCGCUUUCAGGGAUCACUUACAAGGAGCCGUCGUUGGGGGGAAAACAAACAAAAACAAAGCGACAGACGUGUGGAAUGUUUUCCAGUGGGCUUUUUUUAUGUGCAAUAUUUGUAUUGUUGCGUAUCGAGGGUUAGUGUUGCAACAUUCCGAGAACGUUUCAAAUGGGGAAUUCUAAAUUGGAAUCAACCAGGAAUUUACAAAAAUUGAAGCCAGUUUGGCUCUUAAAUGUACUGUACAACGUAAAAGUUCAUGUAACGUUUAUGGGAGGAACGUUUUUUUUUUUUUUAAAGUUACUAAAAUGACCCCCAAUUCCCACAGAAAUUUCCCAAUUUGUUUGUGACGCCCAGCGUAUUUCCCAUCUCAACUUCCCACGGAAACUUUCUCGAAAUGUUCUGCCGACGCACUAGCGGGUAAAUCUCAGUAAAUGAAAAGAUUUCUUUAGUUUCUCCUACAUUAUCACGAUUCAUUGAGUAUUUUUCACAACGCAAAUUAAUUUCAACAUACCAAUCAUUUCUAUUGUUUCUUUCUUCCGUGAUAUCCCGUUUUUUUUUUUUUUUUUUUUGAGAUGAUAAAGCUGUACGUAAUGAUCAUCAAAAUUAUACAGAAAAUCGUGAAAUAAUUGUUUGUGGUGCAUCGCUAUGAUUAGUUUUUUUGAACGGAAUGACCUUCAUAAAUAUUUUUGGACGCUCGUAAUUUAUUGAGAUGUACCUGUAUGCUUCGCAACAUCGAGCAGGACGACGACGAGUCUUUUAUCGGCAGAAAAACUUCUCUUGAUUUGAUCGCUUCAAGGUGCUCAAGUCAAAACGUUAGCGACUUGCCGAGUCGUCGACGUUUUGCAGACGACGGCGGGAAUGGAAAGCGACGUUUUCCCCCCCCCGCUCGGUGCAACAACUCGCUUCAUUUGUUUUACAUUUGGCAUCCACUUGGCUAAAAUAAAGAAAAAAGUGAUUUUUAGUAAGACGUGGUUUGAUAUUUUCCAAUUCAUCUUGACGAUUUUUCCUGCGUACCU